AAACAGUGACUGUGGAAAAGACGAAGUCUGUUGUAAAGAAGGUUGUACUACCGUGUGCCGAAGGAAGAAAGUAGAUUAUUGUGUAGACUUUGGCAGACGAUACGAAAUCGGCCAGUCUUUCAAACCGGAUAAGUGCACAAACUGCACGUGCAUGUACAAUGGGGAAGUGACGUGUACAUCUAUGUCAUGCGCGACCAUUAAGUGUCGAUAUGGGAGGGAACCGAUUACCAAACCAGGACAGUGCUGCCCGACAUGUCCAGAAACACCAUCUCGUGUACCACCGACGCUAUAUGGGUGUCCUACCGGUGUUCUCCGUUUAAACACAACUUAUUACGAGGAUUAUUCAUUGAUUGAUCAAGAGAAUACCCACAUCCAGGCAAUGGAUUCAGAGAACGCACCAUUGGAGGUGAGAUUUGAACCACGGUUUGUAAAACACUGUCAUUGCAAGGACGCAUCAAGAAAGGUGUCCUUCAUCAAGGCGUUUGCAACAGAUAAAUACGGGAACAUGGCAGCAUGUACAUUCAAAGUUACUGUACACGAUAUAUUUGCACCAAUAUUUAAAUCAUGCCCGGAAGACAUCUACGUCUUUGAGAAUUAUCCGGUUCGUUGGGUGGAGCCAAUCUCUUAUGAUAAUGUAGGCGUGUCUUACAAAACCUGCUCAGAACUGAACGGAAAAGUACUUUCGGUUGGCGUGUACCCAUUGACAUAUCACAUACAAGAUUAUGACAGAAACUCUGCCUUCUGUAGAUUUCGCAUAUCUGUCACACGAGAAGACGCAUCCAUUGAGGACAUGCCACAAGGACUAAAGAAUCGAUCAAAGGACAAACCACAAACUAUGUUGAUAAUUGGACCAAUCGUUGGCGGUAUUUUCCUAGUUCUUUUUGCGGUGAUGGUGUUCUUAUGCUGCAGACGACGAACCGCGUCACGUGACACACGUCAUCAAGGUCCACCAAUGCCCGCUUAUGACAACAAUAUCUAUGCAACCCCAUGUGACAUCAAACUUCCUGCAUACAGUGACCUUCCGAUGAAUCCUCCAGCUUAUAGCAUCACCGGAAGUGAAAAGGACGUAGAGUACAUGUCAGUGGCGCCACCUAGCUACACAAAUCCCGGUUAUGAAACGCUGAAAGUGCAUGUUGGGAGGUCCGGAUCUGCGAAGUCGAACAAAUCUGAUAAAUCUGAAAGAGUGCCAGACGAUACGAAAUAAAUAUUAAAACUUGAACCAUAAGCUUAUUUUUGUAUCAACCCCUAUUUCUGUCUAGAACGACUUUCAAGGAAGACUAUGACUCUUUUUGGUAGAAGUUUGUCUGUUACACUGAAUCUCUUCGGUUCGUUUCAGUAACGAAGUUGUACAUAUAAAUCUUGUUAUUUUUAUAGUUGUUAGAUUUGUCAUUUGUAAAAUGCUGGACGUUUUUCUUACAUUAAUUUGUUAUGAUUUUGAAUUUAAAUGUUCAAUGUUAAGAGCUAAAGAUUCCUAACAAUAAUUUUUGAUAGGCGCCAAUGAAAAGUCUUGGUGCUUCUUGACUUUGGGCAAUGUUUUAAACAUCUCAUAGUAUAAAAAUAUAAUUCGUAUAAAAUGACAUUUUCUUGGGCUGGAAGUGAGAUAUGCCUCAUGAAUAUGUUUUUUUUUUUAAAUCUACAUGCCUCCAGAUGAGUCAAAAUAUUUCAAGAAAAAACAACUUAAGAGAAAUGUAAUACGAUUUUAUGAAAGGUUAAAAGAUUCAAGAUUUUAGUUAUAAUUUACAUGUUGUAUACGAUUAAUUAAUGAUUCUGCAGUAUUAAUCACAUUAUUUCUACUGCGUGACUAACGCAGUAAGGGCUAUGUUUUGCCUCUUUUGCCAUAUUUUUGGUCAUUUAGGUAGUACGUUAGUACCGUUUCCAAUGCUUAAAUAACUUAUUUUGUUCACUUCACAAUAUCUUACCU